AUGGAAAAAACAAAUACUCCUUAUUAGGCCUUAUUUUAACCAUUUAAAUUAGGUCUAAUAGAAAGAACAGGAUGCUUUUCGACAACAGUAGUAUCCCCUGGAUUGGAUUGUAAUAACAGAAUAACAUUAUCUGCAAUGACAAGAGGCAGAUGUGGAAAAGACUUAAUUCCUACAGAUUAACAUGUUGAAUACUAUGCAUAAAGAGCACCUAGUGGGUUUAUUGUUACAGAAUCAGCUUCUAUAAGCGAUCGUUCUUUAGCAUAUGGUGGAGCACCAGGAAUAUUUAAUGAUGCUUAAGCUUAAGGAUGGAAAAAAGUAGUUGACAAAGUACAUUCAAUUAAAGGUAACAUCUUCAUCUAAUUACUUCAUUGUGGUAGAUAAACUCAUUCUAGUUUAUAAAAUGGGUAAAUUCCUUUAGCACCAUCACCUAUAGGAAUUCGAGGAUAGAAUUAGAUUGUUAAAUAAAACUAUGAAGUUCCUUAAGAGAUGUCUUUAUAAGAUAUUACUUUAGUAGUAAAAUAAUAUAGAGAGGCAGCAGAAAGAGCAAAAAAAGUUGGUUUUGAUGGAGUAGAGUUAAACGCAGGACAUGGACAUUUACCAGAUUAAUUUUUAAGAGAUAGUGCUAAUAAAAGAACUGAUGCUUAUGGUGGGAACCCAUAAAAUAGAUGCAAAUUUUUACUAGAAGUUGUUUAGUAAUUAAUAGAAGUAUUUGGAGCAAACAGAAUUGGUGUUAAAUUAACUCCUGUAACGCAUCAUGCUGAUAUGAAUGAUUCAAAUCCCAUACAAUUAUAUUAAACUUUGUUGAGAUCAUUAAGCAAUUUGAAAAUUGCAUAUGUUGUUCUCAAAAAUGAAAAUGAUCCAGACAACUUCUAAGAUUUCGGAUAUCCAUCCUCAAAAAAAUAAAUCCCUUGUGUUUAUUCAGCAUUUAGAAACUAUUUUACAGGUGCUAUUGUUGCAAAUGGUGGAAUUUCUUUAGAAGAAGCAGAUUAAGGAAUCAGAUUAGGAAAAUUCGAUUUCGUUGCCUUUGGUCAACUUUUUAUAUCAAAUCCAGACCUUGUUGAUAGAGCUAGAAAUGGCUAUUAAUUAAACAAAAAUAUAGAUUGGGGAACUGCUUUCUAUGGAGAUUAAAAAGGAUAUACUGAUUACCCAAAAUAUUAGGUAUCAUAAAAUGUUUAAAGUGAAUUAUUAAAACCCUUAAAGAUUAAUGAUUUAUUCUUACCAAAUAGAAUAACUAUGUCAGCAAUGGAUAGAGUAAGAACUCCAGCUCCAUAUAUUCCAACUGAAUUGAAUGCAUUAUAUUAUGCUUAAAGAGCAACAGCUGGAUUAAUAGUUUGCGAAGCAACUCCAGUAAGUUAAAGAUCUAUAUCAUAUCCAGGAUCACCAUGUAUCUAUAAUGAUGAAUAAGCUAAAGGUUGGGCUUUAGUAACAAAGGCUGUACAUGAUAAAGGAGGUAGAUUGUUUUUAUAAUUAUUUCAUGGAGGAAGAAAAACUCAUUCAUCAUUAUAAAAUGGUUUAGAACCUUGGGCUCCAUCUGCAAUUGCAAUAAGAGGAAAUUGUUAUAGUGCUUAAAAUAAACCUUUUGAAGUACCACAUGAAAUGACUGAAGCUGAAAUAUAAUUAACCUUAUAAGAAUUUGUUGAUGCAGCUAAAAGAGCUAAAACUGCUGGAUUUGAUGGAGUUGAAAUUAAUGCUGGUAAUGGACAUCUACCUGAUUAAUUUCUUAGAGAUAGUUCUAAUAAAAGAACUGAUUAAUGGGGAGGUAGUGUUGAAAAUAGAUGCAGAUUUGUCAUUUAACUUGUAUAAAAAUUAAAUGCAAUCUAUCCAGGUAGAGUUAGUAUUAAAUUCACUCCUAUUGGUCAUACUGGUGACAUGAAUGAUAGUAAUCCUAUUUAAUUAUAUACAUAUCUUUUAACAUAAUUAUCCAAACUCAAUUUGGCUUAUGUCACGUUGGUUGAAGAUAAAAGUUAAGAGAAUGCUGAAGGUUUUGGUUAUCCUGCUUCUGAUAAGUAAAUUUAAAAUCUUUACAAAUCAUUGAGGCCACAUUACAAAGGAACUCUUUUUGCAAAUCAUUCUAUCACUCCUGAAAGAGCAAAUCAGGAUAUUAAAGAUGGCUUGUAUGAUGCAGUUUCCUUUGGAUAAUUAUAUAUAAACAAUCCAGAUUUGGUAUAUAGAGUCAGAAAUGCUUUCUAACUCAAUACUAAUUUUGACUUCAAGACCUAUUUCGGAGGUGAUGAAAAGGGAUACACUGAUUUCCCCACCUUUGAUGAGGAAAAGAAGCAAUGAAAGGAUUUUGAUUAUUAUAUCAUAAGUAUCAAAAAUUAUAAAUACACAU